GAAGUCUCGUUAGUCGAGAGGGAGAUUGGGCCAGUUUUUGUUAAGUAAGAUUCUUAGAGCUAUGUCGCAAAUGAAGAAACGAAUUUGUUUAGCGGUUGAAAUAAAGAAGAUUUUAAAAGAAGUUGACGAAAAAAUAUUAAGCAAGACACAAAUUGCUCAGAAAUAUGGAAUUCCUAAAAAUAGUUUAUCGACGAUUUUAAAGGCAAGAGAGAAGAUCUUUGGAGCUAAAAACGGAAACGAUGAAUGUGGACCCUCCUCUCGAAAAUAUUUUCGAGAAUCAAAACACCCAAAUUUGGAAAGGGCUUUGCUUGUUUGGUUUCGAAAGAUGAGAAGCUUAAACAUUCCAAUUGAUGGAAAUGUACUUAAAGAACAAGCACACUUUUUUGCUUCCAAAUUAAACAUCAAAGAUUUUAAAGCAUCGGAUGGUUGGUUACAGAAAUUUAAAUUUCGGAAUGGUUUGAGUUUCCGGAAAGUGUGUGGUGAAAGUGCAGCAGUAGACACGUCAUCAGCAAAUGAAUGGAAAGAAGAAAAGUUGAAAUUGCUUCUUUCUGAAUACGCUGCAGAUGACGUUUUUAAUGCGGACGAAACGGCUUUGUUUUUUUAA